AUGGAGCGCGUCUUCUCAACUACAAAGCAACUAGCAACUGGAUUCGAUGCCGGUCUAGUUGACCCUCUAACAAUUGAAAGUAAUGUAACCGGUGAUGAACUGGAUCCGGCAGCACAAAUCGAAGUGAUCCCGUGCAAAGUUUGCGGUGACAAAUCAUCCGGUGUACAUUACGGUGUUAUCACAUGUGAAGGGUGUAAAGGAUUCUUUCGACGAAGUCAAUCGUCGCCCAACAAUUAUCAAUGUCCAAGGGAGCAAAAAUGCCCGGUGGAUCGGGUUAAUCGAAACCGGUGUCAGUUCUGUCGGCUGAAGAAAUGCCUGCAGCUUGGGAUGAGUCGCGAUGCUGUCAAAUUUGGCCGAAUGAGCAAAAAACAACGCGAAAAAGUUGAGGACGAGGUCCGUUUACACAAACAAAUGGCCGAAGUUCACGGAAUCGCAUACUCUCCUUACGCUGACUAUUCACCUCCAGCAGCCGUUUACAACAACACUUACGAACCAUCGGUUGCCUAUGCGGCAACGUCGUAUGCGACCAGUACAGCCGGUUACGCAGCCGCCGCACCGGUCAGCUAUCCGUCCGUUCAAGGACAAGGCUAUUCGAUUGCCCAGCAGGUCCGUGUUUUUUCGUUCUUACCUGUACUAACACUUGUUUGA